GUGCCGAACAGCUGCAGAGUGGGGAUGACAUGGCGAUGAGGGGAAGGUGAUAGUGACCGCCGCGCUGUCUCGUGCCGCCUGAGAGAACUUGUGAUGAGCAUUGCGCCAUGACACUUGUGGUGGGCGCCAUGACAGUGCUCUGCUUUUUUUAAUAGGAUCAUCAGAGACAAGAGACAGAUUGUGCGCCAUAACAUUUCUCCAUUACCGGCAUCCAAUAAACGGUUAGAGUGUUAUCUGGUGGAGGUGCCACAGGCGCUGCCCCUGACUUUCUCCGAGAAAUUCUACGGAAAAUCGUACGAGAACAGGGGGGAUAGCACACGCCGGUGAAUUGUGUCCUCCCGGGUACAGUGCAUCUCCUUUUUUUACCUCCAAAAAACAAUAAACCAGUGCCAAAAACACGUCUGAUAAUUGCGCCAAGUGUUGUAAAAUCGAAUAGACGUCUAUAGAAAAGAGGGAAUAACAACCAGAAAUUUGCUAUCGUAUUAAAUCGUAACGAAACCGUUGGUCCUGAGGAUAAUGAAUCCACGGGGGUGAGAGUCAGAGCACUCGCUGGAGGUGGGGAAAAUGCUCCUCGGAAGGGGCUAGUGCUUUGGGGGGAUGGGCUUGUGAAGUUUUGAGUGAAAAAAUUUUUUGGAUUUUGGAGGACAAGUGAGAUUUUGCAGGAAGGUGACAAAGUGGUUGGUGUGUGGAGAGGGAAAGGACGAGAGGAAAUAUUAGUACACGCCUGGCUGUCACCAUUGAGAAGGUCGGCUGCUUCCGAGGACGCCAUGUUACGAAGCCGUAUCCCCAUGGCGAGAUUACCAUUGAUUUUGAUUCUUUACGGAGUUGUUGUCGUUGCCAGUGAUAAUGAGACAGUCACAGAAACAACUGAGACUGUCACUACCCCCCACAUUCCCCUCGCCACCCUGGAAAUCGAGGCAUCACAGAAGAUUGACGGCAUCGAGGCGAAUAGCACUCCGUCUUUUACGUGUAAGCUUAGUGAGCCAGGUCAGAUCUACUGGGUCAAGGAUGAGAAAAAUCUCACAACCGUCAAAAUGUCUGAGACACUGGCCAGGUUCGACCUAAUCUCAGCUAGCCUCGAGGACAGGGGAAAUUACACUUGCAUGGCUGUAACGAAUGGUCAUGAAAAACUGCAGAAAACCAUUGAUGUUCGCGUUAUAGAAAACGGUAGGAUAGACCCAUCAGAGCCAGUGUACAUAAAAUCGGAGAAGCCAGUAAACUUGACGUGUCCAAUCCACGGUUUUCCCCUCUCGAAUUUCACAUGGCUCAAAGGUAACAACUCAGAGAGCAUCGAGUCUCUACGAGACCUCUCCUCAGUCAGCCAAAUAAACGAGACGCAUUACAUAAUGACCCUCUCCUUCGAGAGCGUUCUGCGAAAGGACAACGGCACCUACACUUGCUCAGCAGAAGACUACCGAGGUCCAGUGACGAGCACACGUCACCUGUUCGUCAUCGACAAGCCCCAGGUCGACAUUGACUUCAUAAAAGCUGUGGGUGCCUCCAAGAUUUUUCUCAACUGGACAGUAAAUGAUGGUAACAAGCCCAUCAAAAAAUACAGCAUGAGAUUCCAGAAGAAGGGCCAAGAGGGCCGUCAAUUCUAUAGCAAAUCCGUGGGUGGCGAAAACACAAACUUCGUCCUCCAGGGCUUCGAGAAAUCCACCGAAUACCAAUUGAGUAUUUCAGCGAUCAACGAAGUUGGUGAAUCCCAGGUGUACCAUGACAACAGAUGGAUAAAGACACUUGAUGCCGACCCGAUAUUCGUUCCCAAUGUAUCGGUCAAGGGCUUCACCGAGAGCUCCAUCACAGUAGGGUGGACAAUGCCAUCACCGGCUCUUCGGGAACACGUUCACUAUUACACCUUGAUGAUGAUCCAUGAUCUUCAGACCAAGGAGGCAGUCCAUCCAGCCUCUGAAUUCAAUGAUUACGUCUUCGUGGAGCUCAACCCAGCGACAACUUACCUCUUCAAGAUCUCAGCCUGCAGCUACUACACAAAACAGUGUGGAAACUGGAGUGCCGAGGUCAGUGGGACGACGAUGGACGGUGUGUGCAGUCCACCAGAGAGUCUCACUGUUACCUGUAAAUUCGACAACAUCAGCAGAACAAGUUUCGUUUCCGUGAGUUGGUUACCACCAGCUGUACCAAAUGGCCAAAUCACGAGAUAUGGGGUGGAGCUGACUGGUGGAUCGCAAUACAAGAACGAGAGGGGAAGGGUUCACGAGGAACGCUGGGGUCCUGUCGACCAUAACGCCAGAGAAAUAGAUAGAGCUUUUGAAUUCAAGAGGGUACCUGCCAAUACCAAUUACACAGUGAGGAUCUACGGGGUGACGAGACUCAGAAGCCCUGGCAAACCGGCCAUUGGUAAUUGUUCUAUGCCUGUCAGUGUACCUGAUAAGGAGAGCCUCAACUUGAGGACUUGGAGGAAGAUACAGAACGAGGGCAGACAGCUGUUCAAGAUGUACCUCCCCAGGAUAUCAGAGAGAAAUGGACCCAUCUGCUGCUACAGAAUUUUCCUCGUGAAACUGCCACCAGGAAAGACCUCUGGGGAUCUUCCCCCACCCGAAGAAUUGGAUAUUCACUCAUUUCAUUAUGCUCAUGCCUCACCUGCUGGAGGAGCUUAUCUCGCUGAGAUGUUUGAUAGCAAUGAUCUGCACUCGGAGAUCUUCCUUGGGGAUGGCAGGGUACUAUUUAAUGGCUCCAUCAACUGUGACAGGUGCAUUGGCCUCAGACCUAAACCCUCACCCACUCUUCAUCUUCUUCCUGAUGUGCAAGGGCCCGGGAAUGCCACCUCCACUACUAUCUCCAGUGUGGAAAGCACUUCAACUGUCACCGCCACUGUGUCUACUACAUCUUUUGAAACCACAACUGCUGCUACCACUUUUACUGCCCCUGGAAAUUCCACGACCCCUGGAGCUAGACGCAGACGAGAUAAUUCUGCUAAUAUUGUGAUGGAGAGCGAGGGCGUAUAUCCACCUGUCGAUGGUUACAUCGACGAGGGCUCUAAUUACACUGCAUUCAUCGAGGUUGUGGUGGCUGGAGGCGUACACCUUCUUCCUGCCUACAGUGGCUACCUUAAUCCUCUCUUUGGGGGCCUAGAACCCAGUGUUAUUGCUGUCGCUGAGAAUGGAACUCUGGGGCUCGUUCUACAGAUAUCAGUCGCUCUCAUUCUUAUUAUUGUUAUUCUACUUGUGGCACUCUGUGUUCUCCAUCGUUAUACCAAGAGGGCUGAGCAGGGUGGCGAGGAAAAUAUCAACUUACGAAACAGCUUCAGGCAUCUCUGCAGAAGUCUGCGGGGUCGUCACCAGCUAGUAGCAGCAAGUCCCCCGGACAUGCCACCAAUUCCAAAAGCCGAGUUGCUGCAGGCAUAUCUCGAGCGCCAUCGAGACUCAGAUUAUGGUUUUCAGCAAGAGUUUGAGCUGCUCCCAGACCGCUUCACAGAUCGUACGACACGUGCAUCAGAGGCUCGAGAAAAUCUCUACAAGAACCGUUACCCUGACAUCAAGUGCUACGACCAGACGAGAGUUAGACUCUCCCAGAUCGAUGGAAUCGCUGGUUCAGAUUACAUAAAUGCCAAUUUCGUUCUGGGAUACAAGGAGCGAAAGAAAUUUAUCUGCGCUCAGGGCCCCAUGGAGAACACUGUCUGUGACUACUGGAGGAUGAUUUGGGAGCAACAUCUGGAGCUCGUACUGAUGCUGACGAAUCUGGAGGAGUACUCAAAGACUAAGUGCGCCAAGUAUUGGCCUGACAAGGACGAGACGAAGAACUUUGGGGACAUAACAGUGGAGCACGUGGGACAGAGAGCCUUCUCCGAUUACGUUAUCAGGGAGUUGAAGAUGACGAGGACAGGGGAGAGAGACGCUAGAACGAUAAUUCAGUAUCACUUCCUUGUGUGGAAGGACUUCAUGGCUCCAGAGCAUCCACACGCCAUUCUAAGAUUCAUAAAACGAGUUAACACAGCUUAUUCCUUGGAAAAGGGCCCCAUCCUGGUGCACUGCAGCGCUGGGGUAGGCAGAACUGGAACUCUGGUGGCACUAGAUUCACUGCUGCAGCAGCUCGUCGACGAGGGACAGGUCUCAAUUUUCAAUACGGUCUGCGAUUUGAGACACCAGAGGAACUUCCUCGUACAGUCGCUGAAGCAGUAUAUCUUCAUUUAUCGCUCGUUGAUGGAGAUGGCCACCUAUGGGGACACCGAGAUCCCUGUUAAGGAGCUCAAGGGUCAUGUCGAGAAGCUCAGGCAGAGGGACAAUGGCAAGGAGAAGUGCAGAAUGGAGGACGAGUACGAUGAACUUGUUUUAAAUUCACAGAAAAUCAGUUCUGUGUUGGAGGAACGUAAGUCCUUUUCAGUGGGUGGUGCUGAAGAGAAUAGAGUUAAGAAUAGGAGUGAAGUGGUCAUACCGUAUGAUAGGAAUAGAGUUAUUCUUACACCGGUGCCUGGUCGAGAGCAUUCGACUUACAUCAACGCUUCGUUUAUCGAGGGGUAUGACAAUUCCGAGUCAUUUAUUAUAACGCAAGAUCCUCUCGAGACUACUAUCGCUGACUUCUGGAGGAUGAUUUCCGAGCAGAGCAUCAGCACGAUUGUCAUGUUAUCUGAUUUGAACGAGGGCCCCAGGAAAUGCCCCAGAUACUGGCCUGAGGAUGAGGCCGUGCAUGAGCACAUCAGGGUGAGAUACAUCCAGAGUGAAAGUUGUCCGUACUACACGAGACGUGAAUUGUGCGUUGCCAAUACCAAGACAGAUGAGACAGUGGUUGUAACGCAAUAUCAAUAUCAUGGGUGGCCGACGGUCGAGGGCGAAGUGCCCGAGGUGACGCGUGGUGUCAUUGAACUUGUCGAUCAGACACUUGUUACUGAUGGCGAGUGCUCUGGUCCCAUCGUUAUCCACUGCAAUUGCGGCUCUGACAGGAGCUCUAUGUUUGUUGCCCUCAGCAUACUCGUUCAACAGCUGACAACUGAAAAACGAGUGGACAUCUUCACCGUUACGAAGAAACUCAGGUCACAGAGACAUGGCAUGAUUAGCACUUUCCCUCAGUACGAGUUUCUGCACAGAGCAGUGAUGAAUUACGCAGAUCUCCAUAAUAUCGCUGACGACGAGACAGAAUCUUAAUGAAGGAUAUCCAUGAUACCCUAAAGACUGACCACUUGUUUGUUCCGUAAGUCGUUUUUAAUUUCCCCUAACGGACGAGAGCUGGAAAGACCUUAGGCUCUCAUUCAAAAAAAAAUCAGUCAGCAGGAGCAUCCAAAGAAAUUCAACUGUUCCAUUGUCGGUUGAUGAAUUUUUAUACCCCAAACCCCCAGAAAAAAUAAUAUAAUAACGAGGACGUUGGUAGCUAGAUGUUUUCACUAACGAUAUCAACUACUUGAUGUAGUUGAAGUGUCGACAGAAUUUUUAAAGAACCCGAGGAAUUAUCAUUGUCUCGAGGAAAUAGUCGUUGCUGCGUGAUGUCAGAAUCGACGAGUGUUGAGAGAAGUUCGACUGUCGUGUGUUUGUAUCACUUAGAAAUAACAUGCCUGGUGGCAUGAGGAGAGAAUAAGAAGCUUAACAUUAUUCUUUGCGCAGAUUAUCCGACAUCUGUCUGAAUUCUCGUUAGAAAAUUAUUCUCAAUGAAAUUGUGGCGGAAGUGAUAAGUGAUGACUAAAAAAUUGUAUUUUUUUUCUGAAAAAAAAAGAAAUUUUCUCCUGUGUCAUGAGAUUAUGGGAGACAAAUCGAUUUUCCCCCCAGUCGAGUGCUCGAGCGAUUCGAGACAUUCGAAUAAUUACUAGUUGCAUUUUUUUCGAGGCCAGUUUUUAGUCAAUAUCUCGAAAAUGGGGGAACACAUCGCAUUUUUUAUGGUAACAUUUUUUAUAGACAAGAAUGAGAACUACAAAAAAGAUAUCCAUGAAAAUAUCGUCGUAUUCCUUCAAUCUCCAGAUAUUCACGAAACACUGGCCACGAAACAAAUACACUUAUCCUAGUUUAUCAUUUCGUAACAAAACUUUAGUGUAUAAACUUCAGUUCAGUUUUCGCAAGGAUUUCUACCGAGUAAAUAUACUUGAGAUAAAAUUCAAUUUCCAUUCAAAGACUUACCAUAAAAAGUAGGUAUGACCCAGAUAUUUUACUUACCAAGUGAUAAGGCAAGGAAAGUUAAAAAUUUUUCUUUAUUAUCAAUUUAUUUCAAAGACGAUUGAUUUAGAGUGGAAAUGUCGAGGAAUUUUCUUCAAUCGAUCGAGUUCACGAUGAUGAAAAAAAAGUGGUUGAUAUUUCUUCCUGCAAUUAAUAGUUUCCGAGAUCAAUUUAUAAAUGACAAAACUGAAAAAUUAAACUUGAAUUGUAUUACCACUUGGAUAUCUUUGGAUCACUUAAUUGAAAGAAAUCUUUUUUUUUUCACUAUUGGUAAUGUAAUUAUAAUAAUAAUUUCCAUAGACCGGAUUUAUUUUCUUUCAUCACUCCACCACAAUUUUUGGCCAUAAGUAAAGCCCACUCAAACUUUUUUACUCCCCAACAACUAAUUUUGAUUAUAGAUUUUGUAAAUAAUAUAAAUAUUACAAGAAAAAUAUAUAUACGUAAUUAUAAAAUUUCGCGGCUGCAUGCUACAUAUUAUUAGUUAUUAAAACAUGUAUGUGUGUGAUUACGGCAUGCGUGCGUGCGGCGCAAUUAUCCCAUGCUCUCGACGAUUGAGUCAUUAUUUCACUUGUCAAGUGGUGCAACGAUUCAAGCGAAAAUAUUUCUUCAAAAAUCCUGAGCUCUAGAGACUAUUUAUUCCCAACUAUUUCCACAAGAAACAUUUCCGAAUUGAAAAUUCCCACCGCGAAAUUUUUCCGAACAAAAUUUUUCCAGUUUUACCCCAAAAUAAUCUGUAGGAUAUGUUUUACAGAAAAUAUAUGGAAAUGAGUACCAGACGCAUGCCUAGUAUUGGCAAUUGACAACUGAUCGCUGGAAGAGACGCACUUCAGGAAAAUAUUUGCGCAGAAAAUUUGUUCCGGAAAAUUUUUUGGCUGGGAAUUUUCGUUUAUGAUUUCCUUUUGGCCUGAAUGAAGAGUACAUUUGAAACAAAUCGUUCUACCACUUAAUAAUGAAUUUUUCUCCCUAAAUACCAUUAACUGGAAAAUAACUGAGAGAAAUAUUUGAUGAAACUCGAAUAAGACUGAUAGCAUCGAGGGCCAAUGGCCCUCGCCAUUGGAUUCAAUUGCAGAUUAAUUUUUUUACCAAUGAGAAGAGUAAAUAAAACAAUAAUUGAAUAACUAAUUAGGUUUUCAUCCCCCGGAAAGGACGAAGCACAAAAGAGUCUUUAUUUUCUCAUAAUAAUGUUCCAGAGGGAUGAAUAAAUACUUAAUGGCAAAAUUUUUUAUACGAAAAAAUAACGAAGGGAUGUAGACCGAUCGAUUUAUCGUUGUCUUCUACCCAUUUUAUCAUCUUGAUCAAUUCACUGUUUAUUUAUUUUCUAGUCAAGCUUUAGCUGUGGCACGCGCGCUGCUGAGAAUUAGAAACAGAAACCCCAUUGAUAACUGUUGGAUCUGCAAAAAAAAGACAUUUUUUAACCGUUGGAUAUUUCCUGGUGCGACAAUCACACCAUUCCAUUUGCUCGCGUACCGUUUUUUCUUUUCGAAUUCAAUUCCCACAAGUUCCUCACUCAAGCCACGAUUAACAUUUUUUUAAUGAAAGUAGUGGUCAAAUCACUCCAUCAAGCGGGAAAAUUACUCAUGACUGAGAAGAUUUACUCGAUGCAGAGAGAUCCCCACUUUU